AUGGAAGGAUCGCCACGUCGAUCCGUGCCCGAGGCCUCGACGCCUGGCGCGAGGAACCUGCCUCUCUCGCAGACAGCUCGUCUGCGCGAAACGGGUUGCGAGUUGGCGUCUCCUGCAUCGAGUCCCCGGAACCCGCGGCGAGUUACGCUACUGGGAGUUCAGGGGGCGACGGAACCGGAGAACGACGGCGGCGGCGCUGCCACGAAGACGCCGGUCUCUGUGCAUCCGACCGCUGCUCUCGCUGCGGGGCUGUUUCUUGCGGCCAAUCCUGCGCGUACGCACAACAGUCUGAGGGGUUCAAUCACAGCCGCCGCGGUGACCUCGCCGCGCGAGCGGCCCAGCUGCAGUGAGGCGUCGCCCCCGACUCGCGACGGCAGUCGCCGGUCGGCGUUCUCCGUCUCCACUGACUUCCCCCGGGCGCCUAUUUCCCGUGGCCACAGCCAAGAUGAGGCGGAGUAUGUGUUUGACGACCGAGGCAUCUCGUCGUGUGGAUCGACGCAACUUGACGCAGACGACGCGCACUGUCCCUUCCAGGCGCUUGGAGGGCGCGGCGCUGCGGCGGCGCGUGUCUCUUGUGGGGCGUCGACGAGUACGGGCGAGGACUGCCGCUUGUACGACUCCGGAGAAGCUCUUGGGUUUUCUCCUGUCAGUGCGUCCCGGUACGUCUCGGCCCAGGUCGUGGUCCGCCGGCGGCCUGGAGGGACGCAGAGAGGGCCGGGCGAUGGUGCGGACUCCGCAGCCAGUGCACAGCUGGGGGAUCGCGACGCAGCGGGGGUUCCGCCGUACAUGCACAUUGACGCUUUCCCGCAGGUGACCGACACCGAGAACUUUGACCACGAUGACUUGCCGGGUGCCGAGGUUGUGUUGGGUUCCCAUCACCCGAGUACCCCUUUCGGGCUCAUGAAGGAAAUUCUUGUCGCCAUCUACAUGGUCUACGCCUUCCUGACGGGCUGCGUCUACUUUGGUUGGCCGUCGCUUGCCUGCAUGCUGUACAAGUCGGGUGCGUACAGCUGGGUGUGCGAGAAAGACGAGAACGGGAACUACGUGGACGAUCUUCGAGGGACCACGGAGGCAGAUGAACCGAACGGCGAACCGAAAUACUACAUUUGUGACAACCAAGACGUCGCCGUCUCCCCGCUCUUCACGAUUUGCUACGUGACUCAAACGCUUAUGAGUGUGGUGGCCGGGACGCUGCUGGACCACGUGAGUCCGAAGAAGACGGCGAUGCUGGGUCAGACGUUAACGGGAAUAGGCUGGCUGUUGCUGGCAUGCAGCUCUGAACGGUUUCCCGCGUACGUCGCCAGCAUGGUUUUCAUCGGCUUGGGCGCGGACACGGGAUAUCUGCCCACCCUCCUCAUUGCCACGCUGUUUCCCGGCAAGAGAGCGACGGUGAUAACCUUGCUGGGGACCGCCAACACGUCGAGUUUCGCAGUUCCGCUGCUUCUGGCGAUGCUGUGGAACAACGUGCUGUCCUCCUGGACGUUCUCGCAAAUCUGCAUCUUGUACCUCUGUGCCGGCCCCGUCUUCUGUUUCAUUCUCGCCGCCCUGUUCAUCCCGUGGCGCGCGUACGGGAAGCCCCUUCCCGGUUCGGAGGCUCCGCAGCGAGAACUGGAAAAGGACUGCAAAGGCAACAAGCUGUCUGGGAGAAACGCGGAUGUCCACUGGACUGACAAAGCCCGCGGGAGAGAAGACGCAGGGAAACGCGACAGUCUGUGUGAGGGCGUUGCUCCCGGCGCAACGAGAGGCUCGUUUCUCAGCCGCAGCAAAACGGGAAGGAGGACGGGGAACUGGCCCGGACCCACGUCGUUCCUUCAGCGACUUCUUCGCUCGCUGCAGCGUCUCGUGGGGCUCAGGAAGAGCGAAAGGAACGGCGUUCGUGCCGGACCGGAUGAGGACGGAAAACGGGAACACAGGGAGGGCGGCGAAGCUUCGUUGGGGAUCCGAAGCGACCACGCAGUCGGAACUACUCGAGAAGAUGAAGGGUACCCUGGAGGUCGCCGCCUGGGCGAGACGGGAGAAGACCUCGAGGGGGGAACGGGAUGCCAUUUCAUGACUUGUGAGGAAUGUGCCGACGCACCGCUGGAGCUUGCGCCCGUGACGGAACCGGAGAAGAGAGCGUCGACGCGGUGGCGUGCUUGCUGGGCGAAUCGCGGCUCGCGCUCGGGCGAGAAAGACCCAGAGAGACUCCCCGAAAGCGGCGAGAAGCUGGUUAGGGACGGGCGGUCGUCUGUGGGGCCGUGUUGCCAUCGGGGGAACCAGGUGCACAGGGCGGACGACGCGCCUGCGGUCGUGGCGCUCCAAGUGGAAGAGCGGAGUUGCGGAGUUGCGGGAGAGCCGUCGUUCGUUUCGCAACUUUGCUCGUCUCAUUUUGUGUGCAUCGCCUUGUACUGGAGCUGUCAGGCGGUGGCGACGUCCUUCUUCCAAACCGCUGCGUCGCGUCUGUUCACGACACGCGUUGUGGACUUUAUGGAUUUCGCGCUGUCCUUCAGUUUCAUUCCGUGCGUGCUCCUCGGGAAAACCGUCGAUAUUUUUGGGCCGUUCCCAGUCCUCAUUCUGAUCAACACGGCGGGGGCCUUGGUGUAUUUUUUGUCGAUUGUCGGCCAGUCGUUUUUCCCGACGGGGGCAAACGGCGUCCACUACAUGGCCGUUAUUUGCUUCUGCGUGUACGUGUCCAUCGACUCGGAGCAAGUUUUCUGCUACGUCGAAAACACCUUUUCCUCUCGCCACUUUGGCAAGCUCUCGGGGUUGGCGCUCACCGUGGGAGGGAUCAUCUCGCUCGGCUCUAUCCCGCUGUAUGAGAAUGUCACCAUUCGGUUGCUCAAAGGCGACGCUCUGCCCGUUGCGUGGAGCAUCGCUGUCGUUCUCUCUGUCGUCUACGUGAUGCUCGGCUGCAUGUGGAGAGUGCGCCGAAGGAAUCCGCGGGCUUUCCACUCUCACGACGACGCCGUGCCCGUCAGCAGGGACAGUGAAGCGAGGAAGCAGGCUUCGCGCGUGGGGGACCAGCUGAGCUUGACGCAGACAGGGAAGACGAAAGUGGAGCAGUCAGACGAGGCGGAGCGCAGCGUCGAAGACGAAGGUGUAGCGGAAAUGCAGAAGAAAAGGGAGAUGGGAAAUCAGGUGCGUUCAACAUUCGGGGCCCCGCGCGCAGGCUUUCCGGCACUUCCGUCUUGA